AUUCAAGGUAGGCAAGUGGUAGCGAAGGGGAAGCCUUAGGUCUUAGAGAUACAGUACGACUAGUUUAGUAUCACAACUUCAAGCCGGACAGUACAUGAAAAGAUAUCAAAGAAUCGCCCUGUUCAUAUCAUGAAGAAUUCGAAGUUGUUGGACAAAGAGACUCUGAGAAUCCCAUGGGAUCGGCUGAAUUGAAUUUCCAGCUCCGAGAAUAUUAUACCUUGAUUCUGAGGCGGUAAGUUUCAAAAGGCGGUGAGAAUUUUGAAGUAGGCUGUAUUGACUCUGGCAGAAUAUUAUGGCAGUGGCAGCAACAACACAAAAGCUUAAGACUUCUGAGAGGUCCUUCUUGGCGUCAUCGUACAUUCAAGCCGCAAUGAUUUUAUAACAUGACUAGUUCUCAAAAUGCUGCUUAGUAGCAAUAGUACUUCAAUAAAUUCCAUUGUCAGUUUUCCGUCAUGUCUAUUCGCGUUCUUCUCCGCGAAUAUCCCCACCGCUCAAUUGCACUUGUGACGCCUACCCACACACUCAUCUUUCGCCAUAGUCCUUCUACGAACGAUUUUACAAUCAAUGGAUUACUGAAUCCGGUUUAUCCAGUAUAUCCACGUGGGUCUACCGAUGGACUUGCUGCUCCUAAGUGUAUGGUAGAGUUUGCAGAUGCCUCCUCAAUUGAUCUCAGCGAAUACCGGACUUUGAGUCCCAUGCCAGUCCAUGGUACUCUCGGGCUCAUCACUGUCAGCAAUGAUAUAUUUCUUUGCGUAAUAACAGGCACUACAAGAGUGGCACAGGUGAGGCCUGGAGAGACGGUUGAAAAGAUCUUGGGAGUAGAGUUCCACUGUCUAAACAAUGCGGAGUACGACAAUACUUUUACGGACAAUUUGGAUCCCUACAAUUACAAUGCGGAAGAUUCAUAUGGCCAGAAUUUGAGUCGACGGGAGAUAGCCGAGCAUCCGUGUACUGACUUACAGAAAUUACUGAGCAAUGGAAGCUUCUAUUACAGCACGAAUUUUGACCUCACCAAUCGAUUGCAAGACCGGUAAGCAAAAGUUGAUAUACCUACGAUGCCAGGCUCUUAUACAUUCUCAGAUCUACAGAUGCAACAACGAAUGAUGUUGAGAGUUUCGACGACUCGUUCUUAUGGAACUCGUAUAUGAUUGGCCCCCUGGGAAAAUUUCGAUCUCGUCUUGUGUUACAUGAACGAAAGGCCUUGGACAAGUCUGGCAUUCUCACAUCCGCCAUUCGUGGUUUUGUCCUCACGAUUACUAUACCUCCCGCCUCUGAUCCUUUGAGAACUUCAAGAUCAGGCCUCCCAUCGUCCCUUACUUUAAUAUCUCGAUUAUCUUGUCGAAGAGCUGGAACGAGGUUUAAUGCUCGAGGAAUCGAUGACGAUGGAAAUGUAGCAAAUUUUGUCGAAUCAGAAACAAUAUAUUGGAGUCCCUCAGCCAAUGCACAAUAUUCUCCGGAACAAGGGGGCGAGAAACCAGCUGGUGUCUGUUUCUCAUAUGCCCAAAUAAGGGGAAGUGUCCCAAUUUUUUUCGAGCAGGCACCUGGUUUGAUUCCAGGUCAACAAAAGAUUACCAUAACUAGAUCCCCUGAGGGUACUCAACCCGCCUUUGAUAAACACUUUGAGGAAUUGGAGCGAAACUACGGCGCGGUUCAUGUGGUCAAUCUGCUCAGCGAAACUAAACUAGGUGAAGCUGAAAUUACUAGAUCUUAUCAAUACGGGAUUCGCCACUCGUCGUUGAAUACACCGGAAGAGAAAAAUUCUCAAGAUCAUCAACUGUUGAGGGUCACGGAAUAUGAUUUUCAUGCAGAGACGAAGGGCCCUCUAGGUUAUGAGGCAGCUAGCAUGAUUCGGAGAAUCAUUGAAAAUUCGGCAGACGGCUUUGCAUAUUAUCUGUCUGAAGAUCUUGAAGAUGCUGAAGUUAUUCCGAAGACACAAAUGCGAAGAACAGUGGUCGUAUUACAGCAAGAAGGCGUAUUUAGAACGAAUUGCCUCGAUUGUUUGGACAGAACAAAUCUUAUUCAAACUAUCAUAUCCCAAAUGGCAAUAGAGUCGUUUCUCAUGCAUAGGGGAGCCAGAGGCACUUCAGACUUUUGGAUGCGUCAUUCAACCAUGUGGGCUGACAAUGGCGACGCUCUUUCACGAAUAUAUGCAGGUACAGGAGCUCUUAAAUCGUCGUUUACGAGACAUGGAAAGAUGUCAAUUGCGGGAGCUAUUGCUGAUGCACGGAAGAGUGCUACCCGACUAUAUAUAAACAAUUUUGCAGACAAAGGGCGACAGAAUACUAUCGACGUACUUUUGGGCAGACUUGUGGGACAAGUGCCGGUUCAUCUGUUUGACCCUAUUAAUGAUUACGUGACGGCUGAGCUCAACAAACGUAGCUCAGAGUUCCAGUCUUCCGAGGUGAUAAAUAUGUAAGGCUAUUACCCCCUACCACUGUCAAUAUGCUGACUUGAUGUUUUAGAUGGGCUGGAACUUUCAAUCUCAAUGGACGUACAUUUGGCAUAGAGGAAGACUUGUCAGUAUGGUUAUGCCCUGAGCUAGAGAAGUCACAACAGCAGCCCGAAAUCGUAGUAGUCGGCUUCCAAGAAAUAGUGGAACUAAGCCCCCAACAAAUUAUGAAUAGCGAUCCAACGAUAAAGCAAGAAUGGGAACAAGCUGUGCGAAAUACUCUGAACAAACAUGCUGGUGCAGAUAGUAACGAUCACUAUGUGCUUCUACGAAGCGGUCAACUUGUGGGAGCUGCUUUGUGUGUAUUCGUCAAAGCCUCUGUUCUUCCAAAUAUUAAAAAUGUUGAAGGUAGUGUCAAAAAGACUGGGAUGUCUGGUAUGGCUGGUAAUAAAGGCGCUGUCUCGAUCCGCAUGGAUUAUGCAAAUACUCAGAUUUGCUUCGUAACUGCACAUCUAGCUGCUGGAUUUAGUAAUUAUGAGGAACGUAAUAGGGAUUAUCACACCAUUCAUAAUGGGUUGAGGUUCCAAAGGAACCGUGGAAUUGAUGAUCAUGGCAAGUUAUGUCCAGGUGGUUGUCAGGAUCGUCCACUAACGGUAUCACAGAUACGGUCAUUUGGAUGGGAGAUUUCAAUUAUCGUAUUGGACUUGGAGCAGAGCGGGUAAGUAACUCCUAUACAAGCGUGAUGUUUAUUCUGACAUUCUUCUAGGCCAAACAACUCAUAAAAAUGGGCGACUUGGAGACUCUAUACGAGAACGAUCAAGUGAGUGUCACAGCUCAGCAGAAACUGAAAAGCCUACUAACAAAAGCCUAGUUAAACCUCCAGAUGGUAGCUGGCCUAACAUUCCAGUACUAUUCCGAGUCACGGAUAACCUUCAUGCCAACUUAUAAAUUUGAUAUUGGUAGUGAUACAUACGACACUAGUGAAAAAGCCAGAAUUCCGGCCUGGACCGAUAGAAUCCUCCGAAAAGGUAACAAUCUACGCCAAAUAAACUACAAUUCCGCGCCCCUUCGCUUUUCCGACCACAGGCCCGUCUUUGCAACCUUCCAAUGCACCGUGAGUAUCAUUGAUGAAGCCAUGCGUGACUCUCUAAGCAGGAGCAUUUAUGAGCGAAGGAGGGAGGAGAUUGGCGGUGCGACGGCUAGUUCAAAGUUAGAUGGAACGGAUGACGAGGAUUUGAUUGGGUUCGAAAGCAUCGAGCCCGGCUUACCACCUGCAAGCUCCGAUCAGAGAAAAUGGUGGCUUGACGGGGGGAAACUUGCGAAGAGUCAAGUCCAACCACCAAGCAGUUUAAGAGAUGCAGUACCAAACCCAAAAAGGCCGAGCAAUCCGUGGACUUUGACCGAUGAACCUGAUUGGGUUACUGUACCAAGGCCUGGUAUAUCUUCACGAAACAAUUCGCAUCGAAUGUCGUUACAGACUGGUAUGGCAAGGAAUAACACAGUAACACGAAAGCUUCCACCGCCUUUUAAUCCUUCAUCUCUUCCCAGCUCUCAAAACCGGUUUAGACAUUCGAUAGCAAAUCAUUCGUCAACUACAUCUCUACCAGCGAAGACGGUACUUCCUCCACCACAGUUAAUAGCGAGCAAUACUUCGACUCCUGCCCCGACCACAACAACGAAAGCAGUUCUUCCUCCACCACAACUUACACGCCGCGCAUCAACAGAAACAACUCGUUCUUCGUAUAAGAAAGCUCCACCCCUUCCAAGAAAGCCUGUACAUCUAGCUUCUUCUUCUGUUUCACCUACACUAUCAACUUCUUCUUUGGCGUCAAGACCAAGAGAAAACCCUGUACCUAUACCUGGGGAAUAUAGAGAUUUUUCACCACCCUCCAGAAGAGCAACUUCUAGUCUGGAAAGAAGUAAUUUAGAACCACCACCGCCACCACAACCUCGGAGGCCUGGGAGAAAGAUAGCUGAUGAGGGGCCGAAGCCAGAGUUGCCAAAAAGACCGGUAGACUUACUAGGCGAUAGCGAUGAUAUUCGCGGAUGGGAAGCCUUGAAACCUGCUAGAUGAUUGAUGUGUAUUAGGAUUAAAAAUAGGUGGUAUUAUACAAGUAUGGAAAGCAUGGUAGAUAAAAAUGAGUAAACUUCCUUUGAUGAAAUAAAAAGACUAUUUCAACGAGUA